AUGCAGAGAAGAAGCAACCAUCAACCUCACAAGGUUUUAAAUAACGGUCACCAAAAGGAUUUCGCAAUUUCGAUCCGUGUUGAACCUUGUGAUAUAUGUGGUGAUGUUGGUUUUGCUGAAUUAUGUGUCGCUUGCACUAAAUGCAGAGUAUUCCGGGAACAUAUUUACUGCAUGCGAAAAAAUCUUAUUGAAAUUCCAGAUUACUGGUAUUGUGAAACAUGCCUAUCCAAAAACGCUACAACUUCACCAUGUGAAGUGAAACAGGAUGUCGGCUUGCAGGGUACAACUUCACCAUGUGAAGUGAAACAGGACAUUGGCUUGCAGGUUUCCACACGGAAGCAAACUUUUAGAACAGGACCAACAGGGAAAGUGAAGUACCUUCACGAGGAUGAAGUCAUCAAACUUUCUAGCUGUAAUAUUUCUACGAAAUCCACUCCAGCUAGCUCUACUUUACCGAUGACCAAGAAGGCUAGGUCUAGUUUGCCGUCUACCAGAAGGGCACACGUAGCAUUCAAAAGUGUUAUUCCGAAGAGUCCCUCCCUAACUGUGAAACCAAAUCCUAGCAUAGCACCUAUGGCACAUGGAAAGUUUCCAAGAAAUGGAGUUCAGAAAAAUCUAAUGAAUGAUCAACAUGCUUCAUCAUCGAAAGGACCAACAAAGGAAAAUAGAUUUGUAUCUGAGCAGAGAGUGAGUACACCAAUACCUGAUAGAAGAGUUCAACCUCUUAAAGUUCACACUCUUGAUCCUCAGAUAGAAAAGCCUACAAAAAGGGAACCCUGUAAAGAUUUAUCUGCUACUAAAUCUUCACCUGUUGCUGUUUCAGAUGCUGUUGCCGAGUGUAACGUAUUUAAUAGGGAAGAAAGCAAGAUUCAGAGUAUUCCUGAAAACAUCAAUCAUGAUCGUAAAUAUUUUCCCUCUUCAAUUCGUGCUUGGAGUGGCCAAUUCCAAAUUCUUCAAGCAUCUGCAUCUGUUGAAUUUUAUGAUGGGUUUGAGGCCAAACCUCCAUGCGUUGUUAAUAGGAAGGCAUACAAUCUUUCAAACAAAAUUCCGUCAGUACUUAAACUGGAAUCACUUUCUGCUUUGAAUGUCUUGACUGAUGUAUUCCAGAAUUAUUCUCCCACUCUUCAAGAUAUUGCGUUAUAUUUCUUUCCAUCAGAUAACCAAGAGAGGUCCAGAAAGAGCUUAAACAGUCUAUUGAAGUUUAUGAAUGAUGAAAACUCAAUGCUGAGAAGUUUAAUCGAUGGAGUGGAGUUGUUGGUCUUUACAUCACAUCAGCUUAAUGAGCAUUCAAGGGGUACUAUUGCUGCUGUGCAUGAAGGAUAUUUUCUGUGGGGAGUUUUUCGCUCAAAAAAAUCUGACACUUCUAACGAAAGUCUCAGGAGUCCCUCUCAGGUUCCUUUGGAAGGAACACAUCUUCAGAGCUCCAGUUCUAUCAAGAUAGAAGAAAAGACCCCUACAAGCAAUUUGAAUUUGAAUGGUGGGGACAGAAAAAUUUCGUCUGAAAAUCUUAAAAAGAAAAUCAAAUCUGAGGUUUCUUGGGACCCAUCAUCGUGGAGCCCGGUAAGGAAGUAUCGUAAAAUGCAUGACAUACUUGAGAGGGUUCCACCGCCAGGCUUCGAAGCUCAUGGACAUGGUGCUGCGAAACCCUCAAAGAUUAAGAGACGAUACUUGUAUUAG